AUGGAGCAAGACAUACAGCAGCCUGACUUUAGCCUCAUGGCCGACAACCUUUCGCAAGUAGCAGUUCACUUGGGCCGUUGUGCACAUUUACCUGCUAUCGAUGGCGGUGUCCAUCUGGCGCAGACCCUACAGACCGUAUUGGAACGCAUCGGUGCGCUCGAGAACGCUAUAAACCGUCGCUUCGAUGAAGCCGACCGGAGGAUGAACCGCCGUUUUGACGAAAUAGACCAGAGGGUGACCGCGGCCAACAAGAAUAGCACGGCGCGUAUACGGAACAGUGUCGUCACCCGUCGUGAUAACGACCUCGCGCCUCUCUACAACGCUUUCACUAGCGAGCGCAUUAUAAGAUUCCCCCGGAAACUACGUGACUUAGAGAACCUGAACGAAGGCCGAGUGGAUUCAAUCUUAGAAGAGCUCGGUGAACCCGUGGAGGGUGCAGUAGACGAGAAAAAACGACAGCUAAAGUAUGCCGUCGGGGUGACAAACCAGAUAAGCUGA